AUGUCGAAAGAAAAUCGAUUCGAGAGACUGAACCUACUUGACAAGCUGACCAGCAAGACCAGCAGUACAAACUUUGUUGCCAAGUAUGACCAGUGGCUUAGAAAGAACAGUCGUGGAGGCCUAGUGAGACCAGCCGAUAAAUUCUACCUUCUGGUGCGUGAACUGGAAAUCUCCACCAGAAAGAUUGUUGAUUUCAAUGACAUUCAUUGCGAGACAUUGAACACCUGCAAGAUGAAGGAACACAUGAUGGAUUCUUUCAUGGUGAAUCAUUAUCUGAAGGAACUGUUCCACGAUUGUGUAAACAAGUACCUCUCAGCACUCUUGGAGGAUAUCGUGAGUGUAUUUGUGAUUGUUCGUGGGUAUGCAGUGGCACGUGUGCUCCGCAAAAAACUUAGUGUGAAACAAGCCAAGCAGCCAGCCAAGCAGAGUGGCAGUCUGCGUCAGGUCCUAAAGCAGUGCAAUCUACAAAGAGCAUUUGACAAAGUCUGGAAAGAUGGCCUUCUUGUAAAACUCCAAAGAUUCGGCGUAAACGGAAGGAUGUACAAAUGGACCAACUCUUAUUUGAAAAACAGAAGAGCCAGGGUGAUGGUAGAUGGAAAAUUGGGAAAGAAAAUUCUUCUUAAGCAAGGAGUUCCCCAAGGAGGAGUACUGCCACCCACUCUAUUCAUAUUAUUUAUGAAUGACAUUGUAUCUGAAAUGCCAAACGGAGUAAACAUAGCACUAUAUGCGGACGAUCUAGUACUAUGGUGCUCCGAGGAAUACACAACCACAGCAAAAUACAGAAUACAAAAAGCGUUAGACAAAGUAGAGACAUGGGCAAGAGAAUGGUGUGUUACCAUCAACAGAGAAAAAACAACAGGAACUCUCUUCACACUAUCACGUAAACCUCAAAUCAUCACUCUUACCGUGGACGAUACUCAAAUCAAAAUGGAAGAACAGCAAACAUACCUUGGGAUAACUUUUGAUAAAAGAAUGACAUGGAAACAGCACAUAAUGUCAGCAGAAGCAAAAGCUAGGAGAAAACUUAACAUCAUGAGAAAACUGGCAGGCACAAGCUGGGGUGCAAAUGAAAUGGUAUUGAAAACUGUCUACCAAGGAAACGUCAGACCACAUCUUGAGUAUGGAUCUAGUGCCUGGUUAACAGCAUCCAAGAGUCACCUACAGACACUAGACAAAGUCCAAAACCAGGCAUUACGUAUCAUCACAGGAGGCAUGAAAUCAACACCAAUUGCAAGCAUUGAAGAAAUUACCAACAUACCACCUUUAAAUAAGAGAAGAGAGUGUAAAGCUAUGAUACAGGCCACCAAGUAUCAAUGCCUUCAGGACCAUCCAAUGAGCCAGAGAAUGAAACAACUAUCCUCUGGUAGACUCAAAAGAUCUAGUUUUGCAUAUGAGACUCGGGCACUACAGCGAAAACAUCAGGACGUUCUGCCAAAACUAGUUAAACCAAUAGAGAUCACACUUCCAGCUAGCCCCUGUGCAGAGAAAACAGGAAAUGUCACCAUCCACACCUCAGUCCCACAAAUCACUGCUAAAAAACGAACAAUCAGAUUUGGUCAAAAAAACGUUCACAAUCAAGUUUAUACAGACGGAUCAGCCAGAAAUGCAAUAACAGAAGGAGGAGCGGGCAUCUACAUCGAAUACCCUAACGGAAAAAAACAGUCAGAGGCAAUACCAACAGGCCUUCAUUGUUCAAACUACAAAGCCGAAGAAGAAGCCAUCACCCAUGCAGUACGCUCCAUCAGAGACAAGGCCAACAAAACAAGAAGUGUAGUAUUCCUGACAGAUGCCCUAUCUGUACUGCAAGCCAUUAACAACGGCAAACUUCCCGAACUUGAACAAGAUCUACAAAACAUCGAAUGCCUCCAAACAGCAUUACAAUGGAUACCAUCUCACUGCGGAAUCAAGGGAAACGAAAAUGCUGAUCUGCUAGCAAAGGAGGGAGCCAAACAACAGAAAUAUGAAAAACAAGUAAGCUUCUCAGAGAUGAAAACCAUCAUCACUUCACUAUACAGAACCCCUCAACAACAAGACAGCUAUCAUCAACUAGCUAGACUUGAGCAGACGACCAUCUUUAGACUUAAUACAGGAAACAACAGACUCAACCAACAUCUGCAUAGAGUCAUGAAAGUCAUACCAUCACCGAUGUGUCCAUGUGGAGAAGCUGAGCAGAAUACAGAACACCUCUUACAACACUGCAGAAUACACCAGGCACUGCGAAACAACACAUGGCCAACACCAACAACGCUACAAGAGAAGCUUUAUGGACCAGUGGAAGCCCUACAGAAAACCACCAGAUUUGUAGAGGAGACUGGGACUCAAGUGUGA